CGGGCACAGCAGAGAGCGACGGGAGCGGAGGGGAGCGCAUCGGGUGAUUGAACUGCAGCGAUUUUUGCAGUGAAACUGAAGUCCAGCUGCUCAAACAGAAAUGGCCUCAUCUCAUGGACACUUUAACGAAGUUCUGGCCUGUGGUCGUGCAGUGCAGGGGGUUGGAUGGCAUGCUGGACCCAAACUCAGUUCAGCGUCUGGACCCAAUAACAGCAUUGCCAAGGGAGCAGCUUUCUAUCCUGGCCACACUGAGGUGCACAGCGUAAUGUCCAUGUUGUUCUACACUCUGAUCACAGUGUUUUUGAUCGGCAUCCAGGCAGAACCAUAUUCAGACAGCAAUGUCCUAUCAGGAGACACCAUCCCCCAAGCCCACUGGACUAAACUCCAGCACUCCCUUGACACAGCCCUUCGAAGAGCCCACAGUGCCCCUGCUGCACCAAUAGCUGCCCGGGUGGCAGGGCAGACCCUCAACAUCACCGUGGACCCCAGACUGUUUAAGAAACGGCGACUCCACUCCCCCCGUGUGCUCUUCAGCACCCAGCCCCCACCCCUGUCUACAGACGCUCAGGAUCUGGACUUCGAGGUGGAUGGUGCUGCUUCUGUCAACAGGACUCACAGGAGCAAGCGGUCAUCCACCCACCCAGUCUUCCACAUGGGAGAGUUCUCAGUGUGUGACAGUGUCAGCGUGUGGGUUGCAGAUAAGACCACAGCCACAGACAUUAAGGGCAAAGAAGUGACAGUGUUGGCAGAGGUAAAUGUUAACAACAAUGUAUUCAAACAGUACUUUUUUGAGACAAAGUGCCGGGACCCCAGUCCCGUGGACAGUGGGUGCCGAGGCAUCGACUCCAAGCACUGGAACUCAUAUUGCACCACAACCCACACCUUUGUCAAGGCACUGACCACAGAUAACAAGCAGGCUGCCUGGCGCUUUAUCCGGAUAGACACAGCCUGCGUGUGUGUGCUCAAUAGGAAGGCUGCAAGAAGAGGCUGAUCCUCCUGAAGCUUCCAUUCCCCACCUUCCCCCUCCACUCUCCUGGGCCCCUCCCUACCUCAACCUGUAAAUUAUUUUAAAUUAUAAGGAUCGCAUGGUAAUUUAUAGUUUAUACAGUUUUAAAACAUCAUUAUUUAUUAAAUUUUUGAAGCAUC